AUGCAGUUUUCUUUACAGUCAGCUGUCCUUCUCUUUGAAAAGGCAAAGCAAUUGGGCAUGAUGGACAAAGGCCAUGUAUGGAUUGUAACAGAUGAGAUUGCAAGCCUUCUUGAUUCUGUUGAUUCUUCUAUCAAAUACAACAUGCAGGGUGUUGUUGGUAUUAAAACCAACUUCAUAGAAACUACAAAGACUUUCAGACGGUUCAAAACCAGAUUUCGCAGAAUAUACGGACUACAAUACCUUGAAGAAGAAGAAAAUUCUAGUCCUAGUAUCUUUGCUCUUCGAGCUUAUGACACAAUUUGGGCUAUUGCUGGAGCCAUGAAAAAUGUUACCACAAAAGAGUUGUCUCAAAAAAUUGCGUCCACUUCUUUCCAAGGUCUAAGUGGCAUGAUAGAAUUCAAAAAUAGCAUGCUAUCACAACCUCCAACCUUUCAAAUCAUUAAUGUUGUUGGCAAAAGCUACAGAGAGAUAGCAUUCUGGUCACCAAGAUUUGGUUUCUCAGAGAGCUUGAUCAAGCACAGUGACAUGAAAGAGAGGAUUGAGAAUGGUUCUAUUCAAGAGAGGAAUGAGACACAAAUAUCUGGAUUUUCAAUUGAUGUUUUUGAAGCAGCAGUCAAACAUCUCCCUUAUCAAUUGCCUUAUGUGUUUGUUCCCUUCAAUGGCUCAUAUGAUGAAUUGGUGCAACAGGUCUACUACAAGGGCUUGGAUGCAGCUGUUGGUGAUAUAGAAGUCGUAGCUGAUCGGUAUCAUUUUGUUGAAUUCUCACAGCCAUAUGUGAGCUCUGGAAUUGUGAUGGUAGUCACUGUAAAGCCAGAUAAGCUGAAGGAAAAAUGGAUGUUCAUGAAGACCUCACCAAAAGCAUGUGGUUCCUCAUGA